AUGUCAGGUAUAUAUCCAAUUGCAUUUGCUAUUGUUAGUGAAGAAACAAAUGACAAUUGGGAAUGGUUUUUGACACAUUUUAAGGCUGCUAUCGGGACUGAUCGACACAUGUGCUUUGUUUCGGAUCGAAACCGUGGCAUUAUUCAAGGAGUCAAGAAUGUGUUCCCUGAUAGCGUGCACGCAUACUGCUAUAAACAUUUGACUCUCAAUCUCAGAGACAAGUUCAAGGGUGCUAAUAAAAAUCAUCGUGAUGCUGUCCUUCACUAUUUUCAGCAGUGUGCUUAUGCUAAUACUAAACCACAAUUUAAUCGUGCUGUUGAGAAGCUUAGAGCAGUUGGAGGUCCAAAGGCAUGUAAGUUUUUAUCGGACCUACCGUAUGAAAAAUGGUCUAAUGCGUUUUUUGUUGGGCAGCGGUACGGUCAAAUGACGUCAAAUGGCUGCGAAUCGUGGAAUUCACAGAUUAAAAUGAGAAGAUUACUUCCAAUUACUACAAUGAUUGAUGCAAUUCGGAUCUUGUUGAUGGAGCAGAUUGCGGGUAGACUCGACGAGGCGGCUGCUUGGGAAUCAGUAUUGUGCGACCACGUUGACACACAAAUCAGGGAUGCGGUAGAUAAAGGCCGAUCUUGGCUUGUGAGAAAGUCUUCCGAAUUUGUGUGGGAGAUUUUUUCUACCCCAAAUGCUGUAGUUGAUGUACGGGCGGGGACGUGUUCUUGCAUGUCUUGGCAGAUUAACGGGAUACCGUGUGAGCAUGCGGCUGUUGUCAUAUUUUUGAAGAUGGGUGAAGCAUAUCAAUAUAUUGACCAUUGUUAUCAUACGUCGACAUUUAGACAGUGUUAUUCGAAUUCAGUUUUACCGUUCGUGCAGCCUACACUUGAUCCUGGAUUUGCAAUUAUAGGUCCCCCUGAGCAACACAAGCGUCGUGGGAGGCCGAAAAGAAAGAGGAUUCCAUCAAGGGGUGAGAUAAUGCCUCGGAAAAUUAGAUGUGGCAGGUGUAAGGCAAUUGGAAGCCAUAACAAAAAGUCAUGCAACUGGGGUGCAGAUUAA